CUGGGUUGGUGGUCCAUAACAUUCCUCUAGCCUUUGCAGACCACCUGGGGCCUCUCCUUAAAGAUUGUUUUGGAGAUUCAAAGAUGGCGCAGGAUUACAGGUGUGGCAGGACUAAGUCAUCUUGCAUUAUUAACGAAGCGCUGGCUCCUUAUUUCACCCAAGAGCUUGUAAAGGAGCUCAAAAACGGCCCAUACACCCUUGUUACGGAUGGGUCAAAUGACACAGGAGCGCAAAAGAUGAACCCGCUUACUGUCCGGGUCUUCGUGGGAGGCAAAGUUGUCCACCAAUUUUUGAGCAUGUGCACAACAAGUGGGAAGACAUGUGGAACAGCAAGCGAGAUCUUCGCCAACAUUAACUCCACCCUAGAGGAGCAUGGUAUCCCUUGGGAGAACUGUGUUGCUCUCUCAGUUGACAAUGCAGCUGUGAACAUCGGACCACACAAUUCAAUCGCCUCUAGGGUGCUCCAGAAACACCCCAACGCCUACAUUCAUGGCUGUCCUUGUCAUGUGGCACAUAACACUGCCAAAGCUGCAGGAGGGGGAUUUUUUAAAGUGUCUGGUUUUGAUUUGGAGGACAUGGUCGUGGACAUCGGUUACUGGUUCAAAGGUAGCACAAAUCGUAAAGGAUACCUGACAGAGUUUUGCGAGCUGCAUGAAGCCGAGUACAUGGAGGUCCUCCUGCACAGCUCAGUUCGUUGGCUAAGCCUUGAACGUUGUGUGACCAGAAUCCUGAGGCUUUACGAACCUCUCGCGAGCUACUUCAAAUCUGCAAAUGAAAAUCAGGCCAGAUUCAAGAGGCUUGUGCAGGAAUUUACUGACCCCAUGACAGAAGUGUACCUGCUGUUCUACCAAGCCACCGUACCAACCUUCACUGACUUCAACUUGCUUCUCCAGAGACAGCAGUCAGCCAUAUAUUUGUAACAUGAUGAGAUGGUGAAAUUC